CAGCCCGCUGCGGCUGCUCGUCGUCUUUCCUUCCUUCCCGGCGGGGGCGCGGCGGUUCCUCCGGUUGCCGGCUUCGAAGGCUUCCCGCCCGCGAGACCGGACCCUUUGCUCAUGCCCGGGGCGCUUGGAGGCCCGCCUGUUCCCGCGGGGCUCCGGGCGCCUUACCUGGCAGGCCGCCGCGAGCGCCGGAGCAGCAAGAAUGUGAAGGUGGAAGAGUUGUGCGGUGUUAGAAGUAAAAGUGAGUGAUUGAGACAUGACUUACCGAGGCAACGAGCGGGACUUCCAGACCUCAGCACGAAGGAUGGGGACGUCGCUGCUUUUCCAGCUGUCUGUUCAUGAGAGGGAGCUAGACCUGGUCUUUCUGGACCACAGCUAUGCCAAACCAUGGAGUGCCCACCCUGAUGCCAGCAAUGCCCGCCCCACUCGCCUGCUCUUUGUCACUCCUAAAAGACAUCAAGAACACAGCACCAUUGAGGCGGAUGUUCCCAUUGAUGUAGAAACAGUGACACCCACACCUGUACCACUAUAUGACAACCAGAAAGCCCGCACGGUGAUGAAUGAGUGUGAGCGCCAUGUCAUCUUUGCCCGCACGGAUACAGAUACGCCUCCUCCACCUGAUGAUUGGGAGGAGCAUAUGAACAGGUCUGGCUGGACGGUUGCCCAGAACAAGCUGUUCAAUAAAAUCCUCAAAGCCCUGCAGUCUGACAGACUGGCUCGAUUAGCCAACGAAGGGGCUUGCAAUGAGCCGGUGCUCAGAAGGAUAGCGGUGGACAAAUGUGCUCGACGGGUCCGUCAGGCUUUGGCCAGCAUCAGCUGGGACGCCAGGCUGAUCCAGUGGCUGCACUCGACUCUGGUGGAGACCCUCAGCUUGCCGAUGCUGGCCGCCUACCUGGAUGCUUUGCAGACUCUCAAGGGAAAGAUUCCCAGCCUGAUCGAUCGGAUGUUGUUGUCGUCCACAACAAGGACGGGAGCAGCAGGUGCUGAGGCUCUUUCCCUCCUGCUGAAGAGGCCGUGGGAUCCAGCCGUCGGUGUCCUUUCACAUAACAAACCGGGUAAGUUGCCCGGCUCGCCACUUAUCCUGCUGGCAUCUUCUGGGCCCUCCAGCUCCGCAUUCCCCGCUUGUCGCCGGCACCGGUUCUGGCAGUCCCAGCUCUCUUGCUUGGGAAAGGUGAUUCCGGUGGCUCCCCAUUUAAUGAAUAACGGCAGUGGAGUUGGAGUGUUACAGUGCCUGGAACACAUGAUUGGGGCCGUGAGAGGCAAGGUACUCGAGGUAUGGCUAGAUUGCUCACUGGGACGCUCAGCCCGAGUGCAGAUCCACAACCAUUUCUCCCACAAGCCAGUAAUCCUGAUUGGCUGGAACACAGGAGCCUUGGUGGCCUGCCAUGUUUCCGUGAUGGAGGACGUCACUGCAGUGGUCUGCCUUGGAUUUCCUCUCUUAACCGUGGACGGUCCCAGAGGGGAUGUUGAUGACCCCCUUUUGGACAUGAAGACUCCAGUUCUCUUCGUGAUCGGCCAGAACUCCCUCCAGUGUAACAGUGAAGCCAUGGAAGAUUUCCGGGAGAAGCUUCGCGCUGAAAACAGCCUUGUGGUCGUUGGAGGCGCUGAUGAUAACCUCAGGAUAAGCAAAGCCAAAAAGAAGUCAGAAGGCCUGACUCAGAGUAUGGUGGACAGGUGCAUACAGGAUGAAAUCGCAGACUUCCUGACAGGAGUACUCACCCGGGCAGACAGCCACCCGGGCCCCGACCCGCGGGAUCUUGAUGCCGAGAAGAAGAAGAAGACCACGCGGGACUUGGCCAGGAAGGACCUGUCCUUUGACAUGCCGGAGCGGAGCAGCCGGCCCACGUCCCCUGCGGCCAAGGUCCCCGCCUCGCCCUCUGGGUCAGAGGAUCUGUCCAGCGUGUCCAGCAGCCCCACCUCCAGUCCCAAGGCCAAAGUCGCUGCGGUGUCCGCAGUGCUGAAAUCCAGCCAGCCUGGGGCUCCCCAGCCGCUGAAGAGGCCUGUGCAGCGAUCGGAAGUGGCCGUGGCCCAGAGGCACUCCCAAGCUCAGUUUGCCGCCUUUCUGAAACAAAACAUGCUGGUGAGGAAAUCUCUUCCUCCUGGCACCGCUUCAUGUCUCUUGGUCUCUUCAGAACAGCAGCAGGAUGCAGGGGAGAAGGAAGAGCUGCGACUACAGCUGAAGAGGCACCAGGCCCCCAGCCCAACUCACUGCAGCAAGGCUUCCAAGCGAGCUAAAAUCAAGGUGACCAUUGUCUCCCACGGGGAAGCUGCCGGCACGGGGAACGGAGCACCGCUGGACGUGCCGUCGGAAAUUGCUGCAGGGAAGCCUCUUGCUGCGACUUUGGGACAGGCUGUGGCAGGUGCAAAGGAGACCUCGGGACUGCUUGCCACCCCAAAACCGAGCUCUGCAGCGGAGACGCCCCCCAUCAGCCCCGCUCCGUCGGCUGCAGUGCCCGGCAGCACAGGCCCGAGCGCUUUCCACACGCUUCAGAACCGGCUGGCGGCCAGUGGAACACACGCGGCACAGGCGCCGCCUGUCAACACGCCCCAAGGAACGGCCUCGGCGAGCAGCCUGUUGCAAGGCUUGAGCUUCAGCCUGCAGGACAUCGGCAGCAAGCCGGCAGCUCUUCCAGUAAGCGUUGCUCCCACAGGGCCUUUGGUGCAGAGCUCAGCCUUGAAGACCCCAGCGCCUCUCAUCACCACCAGUGCAGGCACCAUCGUCCGUACAAUCCCGGUGGCCACAUCCUUGUCCUCGCUUGGCGCCGCGGCUGGCACCAAGCCCUCCGCCAUUCACCAGCUGCUCACAAACGGGGGACUGGCAAAGCUGGCGAGCAGCCUUCCCGGCUUGGCUCAUAUCUCCGGCCAGGGGGCAGGCUUAAAGGCCCCAACCACCAUCACAGUGACCUUGCGGGGACAGGCCAGCCGAGUCACCACCCUCAGCCAGGCCACCGUGGGAGCCAUCCAGCCCCAGCUGGAAGAGCAGCUGCUGCUGGCCACACCCCAGGUCCCGGACGCUGCAGUUGGGAACGUGACGGGCCCUGCCUCCAGUUCUGUGCCUCCCACCAAGCUGGUACCCCAGGGGGAACUGGGCAAAGGCCAGGCUAGCACAGAACUGCCUCCUGUGGACCCUGCGUCUCAGCCAGCCUCAGCAGUAGCCCCACCCGUAGUGACCACCACAAGCCCCAUGAAGACGCUCUAUGUGAUGUCAGAUGCCAAGCUGUCUGCGCUCACAAAAUCUGUUAUGGCGGAGGCCGCGUCUGCCCCUCUGAAGCCCCCAGGGAUCCCAUCGGCCAUGUCCUCCCCCGCAUCACCUGCCCCCGUCGGAGCCGUGACCUUUGCCACUUCGGCUCCGCCAGCCGGCGCCUCCUGCAGCCUGGUGCAUUCCAAAGUGGGUCCCGUUCUGCAGACAUCCUCCAAGACAGUGAUACUGACCUCCACGCUGACUGCUGUGAAGGGGGACCGCGCCCUAGGCCAGCGGGGAGAGACGGCUGCUCUGACCAAGGGCCACACGCUGGGGGCCACGGAAACCCUCGGCAGGGUGCCCUCCGUCCUGGACGGCAGCAGCGCCGUCCUCCCCACCAAGGAGAGCCUCCCCAGCAGGCAGGUGCUUCCACAGGGCAUGCGGUCUGCCGCAGCCGGCGCCACCCUCAUCACGCUGGGCAGCAGCCUGGCGGGCUCGGCCCUCGUGGCCACGGCGGGGCCUGCCCUCGGCCAGAAGCCGUAGCCACUCCCCCGCAGGCUUGCUCCAAGUGUGUUUCGCCUUUGCUGUGGAAGGUAAAUGCAGUCCGGGGGGGGGGGGGUAUUGCGCCCCUAUUCGUGUCCUCCUUGGUGAAGACGCUUCACCUGUUCUGUUUCUUUGACACUUUUAAUAAACUUUUUGUGUACGUAA